UAAGGAAGAAAAAGUCGUUACAUAUUCAUAACGCCUUUGUUCAUUAUAGCUUUGUCGACGUUUUUUUUUUGCAUCAGUAUAGAGCCAUUUUCACGAGCGAUUUAUUGCAAGUAUAGAAGACUUCUUAAAAAAAAAUGUGAAAAAAAUAUUCGCUAGUGUGAAACUCUUAAGAACGAUGAGUAGAACAUUUAACAACUAUUAGAGAGUCUAGACAAAAGAAAUCUGAUUGUAUGAACGAACAUUUACUUCUAUUCCAUAUUUCUUAACUUUAAAUCUCGUGAUAUAUCAAGCUCUUGCGUAUAAUGUGUUUCAUUAAAAGUGUAAAUAUUUAUGUUCCCAGAAAAAAAAAAAAUUUCGUAUCGUGUCCUUGCAAUUUAGAAACACUUCAAUGUCGAAGCACCGAUAAUCACUCUAGUAUGACCAUUUUCAUUUAGUAUAAAUACCCUAGAAAUAUGGAUGGAAUCUAUACUGAAGUUAUCAGUCUAAUUGAUCUAUUAACACUAUCAACAUGUACGCACUUAAGCUCUUAAUGGUUAUCCUUUUUAUAUUCAUUAUAAAAAGUAAAGCAACACCAGUUGAGUAUGAAAAUUAUGAUGACUACGAUUCAUACAAUCAAGACUCUGAGAAUAGUUACGAAGAAGAAUCAUACCCAGAUGAAGGAUACUCAGGCUAUGAAUAUGAUUCACACGAUAACUACGCUCAUCCUCGGUACGCUUUUAAUUACGGAGUGAAUGAUCCGUACACGGGGGAUUUAAAGAGCCAGGAGGAAGUGCGGGAUGGUGAUGUUGUCAAAGGAUCUUACCGUAUAAAUGAACCGGAUGGAACAAUCAGGAUUGUCGAGUAUACUGCUGAUAAUCACAACGGAUUCAACGCUGUUGUCAAGAAAAUUGGACAUGCUGUACAUCCCAUUUCUUCUGUUGCUAAAUACCAACCCAUUGUUCCUAUUCAGCUCCCAUUCAACUAUUAUCGUCAUCUUUAUUAAUUAAUAAUUAUAAUUAUCUAA